UCCUGACCUAUGCUUGUUUUCCUGAAGCACUUCGGGUUUGGUACAUGUUUAUAUUCAGUUUGUUUGGCAUGAACAAUGAUCUAUUACUUACCCACAUUUUUGAUCAUGUAUUUUAGCUAGGUAGGUACUGUAUCAGUGGUAACAGACUUGUUUGAACACGGAAUUAUUUACAUGUGACGCAGCUUUGGAGCGUUUGGUUGCAAAAUGUCAUAGCUUUACCAUCACGGGCUUUCUUCUUUGUGCGGUAUUUAGUUUGUGUUUUUAAUCUUCCUUAGUUUGUUAUUCUGAAAGGAAACAUGGUGCUGUUUAUAUAUUUGCCACCGCUGUUUUGUUUUUAGAUUUGAAAGUCAAUAUGAACUUAUGUGAGGUCGCUUUAACCUGAAAAAAAAAACCUUGAAGUCACCCCUGGCUAACGUAUAAGGUUCAUGACCAUGUUCCCUACAAAAGUAAAACAUAUUCAAAGGCUGCUGCAGUUCAGAACCACAGCUUGGUGCAGUCCUUCAUUAGGGAAAGCAACUUAUUCCAGACUGGUUCUGGGCAUUGAGACCAGCUGCGAUGACACUGGAGCUGCUGUGCUGGACGAGACAGGUCACAUCCUGGGAGAGUCUCUACAUUCACAGACAGAAGUGCAUCUCAGGACUGGUGGGAUCAUCCCCCCGGUGGCCCAGCAGCUCCACAGAGAACACAUAGAGCGCGUGGUCCAGGAAGCUCUGGAGAGGGCCGACGUGGACCCAUGCCAGCUCUCGGCCGUAGCCACCACGGUGAAGCCAGGCAUGGCCCUGAGCCUCGGCAUCGGUCUGGAGUUCAGCCGUAAGUUUGUGAGGCAGCACAACAAGCCCUUCAUCCCCAUCCACCACAUGGAGGCCCACGCCCUGACCGUCAGGAUGCUUCAACCUGUCCCCUUCCCAUUUCUGGUUCUGCUGGUUUCUGGCGGUCACUCACUCCUCGCUGUGGCUCGAGGAGUUGACGACUUUCUUGUUCUUGGUCACGGUCUGGAUGUAGCUCCAGGGGAUGCACUGGAUAAAGUAGCAAGACGUUUGUCCCUCAUGAAACACCCGCAGUGCUCCACACUGAGUGGAGGACAAGCGAUAGAGCUGUUGGCAAAGGACGGCGACAGGACAAGCAUCGCUUUAACGACACCAAUGGGAAAAAUAAAUGACUGCUGCUUUUCUUUCUCUGGGUUACGCAAUCAAGUUACAAUGAUAAUAAAGAAAAAAGAGGAAGAGGAAGGUGUAGAAGAGGGGGCGCUGUUAUCAUGUGUCAAUGACAUUGCAGCUGCCACACAGCACACAGUCGCAACUCAUCUAGCGAAGCGAACACAUCGGGCCAUAUUGUUUUGUAAGGCAAACAACCUGCUGACAUGUAGCAACCCCACCCUGGUGGUGUCUGGUGGAGUCGCCAGCAAUCAGUACAUCCGCAAAGCUUUGAUGGUUAUCACUGAGAGGGAAGGAGUGAGCCUGCUCUGCCCUCCUGCCAAAUUCUGCACCGACAAUGGAGUGAUGAUUGCAUGGAACGGUGUUGAACGCAUGAGAGAAGAAAAAGGGAUCCUGCCUCCAAAUGUCGACGUCUGUUAUGAGCCAAAGGCUCCUCUGGGCGUUGACAUGACAGCAGAGGUCAGGGCAGCAGGGAUCCGGCUCCCGUCAGUCAAGAUAACGAUCCCCAACUGACAGACUGUGUGGUUCCUACUGUAACAUAGACUUUUGUCACUCCUUGAUUUCAACAUUUUGUAAAUACUAUCUAUAAGCAAAAAUAAACAGCUAUUUUUAAUACAUA